UUUCAAGGUAUACACCUAUAACUACUUAUAUAAACAAAAUUUAUUCAUCGUUAAUCUAAGGGAUUGUUAGAGAUGCAGAAUGAAAUGGAAGAGAAGUUUGAAGAUUGGAGAGGUAAAGAAGCAAUCCCUGGCAAACAUGGUGGGAUUAAAGCUGCUUCCAUUGCUUGUGUUGUGGAGCUGAUGGAGAAUAUGGUCUUCUUAGCAUAUUCAACCAAUUUCAUCACAUACUUUACCAAAUCAUUGCAUUACUCAUCAGCCAAAGCAUCAAACAUGGUGACCAAUUUCACCGGAACGUCGUUUUUGCUCACAAUCUUUGGUGGUUUUGUCGCCGACUCGUUUGUCACCCGCUUCACCGCCUUUAUCCUCUUCUGUUCUAUUGAACUUCUGGGUUUGAUCUUGUUGACCAUCCAAGCUCAUAACCCUAAACUACAACCUAAUGGAGCUAAAUCCCAAUGGACUCUUCAAUCAACCCUUCUAUUCACCGGACUUUACGCGGUGGCUACUGGUGUCGGAGGUGUCAAAGCCUCGUUGCCGGCUCACGGAGGUGACCAGUUUGAUAGUCGAAAGCAGAGAGUUAUCUCAGGAUUCUUCAAUUGGUAUUUCUUCUCUAUCUGUCUUGGAGGUUUAUUGGCCGUAACGAUUAUGGUUUGGAUUGAAGAGAAGAUAGGAUGGAGCUCGAGCUUCGAUAUAACCACCGCGGUUUUAGCCUCCGCGUUUGUUAUAUUCGCCGUGGGAUUCCCGAUUUAUCGGUUCAAGCGUCCAACGGGAAGUCCUUUUAGCAGAAUUGCGAAUGUGUUUGUUUCUGCCGCAAGAAACCGAAAUAGGUUUGUAACGGAUGCAGAAAUGACGCAGAGUCAUAACAACUCUACCGACAAAAGCAUUCAUCACAACAAAUUCAAGUUCUUGAAUAAAGCGACGCUCAACAACAAGAUUUCAGCAACAGAAGUUGAAGAAACAAGAACAUUUCUAUCUCUCUUACCAAUCUUUGCCAGCACAAUUGUAAUGAACUGUUGCUUAGCACAACUCUCGACCUUCUCCGUACAACAAGGCAUGCUUAUGGAUAGAAAACUCUCGCACUCCUUCGAGGUUCCCGCCGCUUCCCUCCACGCCAUUGCUCUCCUAUUCAUGCUCUCUUCCAUAGCUUUCUACGAACUCUUUGGGAGAAAGAUCUCAUUAAGCAACAACGAAAGAUCAUCGAGCUUCAAUUUGAAACGCAUAGGAGCCGGCUUAGCUCUCACCUCUGUCGCAAUGGUGAUUGCAGCCAUCGUGGAGGUCAAGAGAAAACGUGAGGCGGUUCACAACAACAUCAAGAUCUCUGUGUUCUGGUUAGAGAUUCAGUAUGUUUUAUUGAGUUUCUCGGAUUUGUUGACUCUUGGAGGAAUGUUAGAGUUUUUCUAUAGGGAAUCUCCGGCGAGUAUGAGGAGCAUAAGCACGGCGUUGGGGUGGUGCUCGACCGCUUUAGGUUUCUUCCUCAGCACGGUUCUAGUGGAUGUCACUAACGCGGCCACGGGAUGGCUCAACGGAAAAAAUGCUAACGAGUUUAGGCUCGAGCUGUUUUAUGUAGUGUUAUGUGUUCUUAACACUAUUAAUCUUGUUAAUUAUAUCUUUUGGGCGAGAAGAUAUUAAGCAAAAGAGAACAAAGUGUGUUGCUUGUAUUAGUUAUUGCUGGGAUAAUCUUUUAGUGAAGAUGCAAUGCAUAAUGUUUGUGUCUUUGUGUGUUGGUGAUAUGUAGUGGAAGUCUAAACCAGUGGUCACUUGUGUUGUGUGUACCUGUUUCUUGUGGUGGUUCACAGUUUGGUUGAGAUGUCAUUAUAAUGAUGUGACGAAAUAGUUAAUACCCAAUUUAAAGUUUCAUAA